GCUCGGAGAAGAAGGGGAGGACAUUUUGGAAGGAUGGCCGUCCACGGGAUGUCCGGUUUCCCUUGGCUGGAGGAAGAACCUAGCUCUUCCACGUCUGCCAGAAGGAGAUCCACGAUAUCCUUUGAGGAGGUAGCUGUAUUCUUCAAGGAUGAGGAAUGGACUUUGCUGGAUCCAUGCCAACGAAACCUCUUCUGGGAAGUCAUGGAGGAAAAUUAUGAAAUGGUGGCCUCUCUGGGGAAGGACAUUUCCCAGAAGGUCUUGCAAACAUUAGACCGGUCGACCCUGCAUAUUGUCGGUGUCCAGGGGCCAGUGUUUCCUCGAGGUGGAGAGAGAAAAAUAUGGAAUAUGGAGUUCCAUGUGGCCUCUCUUCUUUCUUGUUUCCCCCAGCUGGAGGGAGAAUUCGGCUUCUGCACAUUUACAGGAAGGAGUUUUACAGUGUCCUUUGAGGAGGUAGCUGUGUUCUUUGCUGAGGAGGAAUGGGCUCUGCUGGAUCCAGGCCAAAGAAAGCUCUGCUGGGAAGUUAUGAAGGAAAAUCACGAGACUUUGGGCUCUCUGGUUGCAGAAAUGAGGGAGACAGUGUGGGAGAAGGAAUCAGGAAAGGUGGUUGUGGAAGAAGACUAUGGUCUACAGAUGAAAGUGAAAUAUAGUGAUCAAGUAGUACCAAAGGAAGAGUGCAGAAGCAAAACGGAAGCAAAACAAACGCACAGGAAGAAAUUGGCUGGCUAUGAAGGUGGAAAUCACCAUGAUGAAUUAUGGAAGAGAAAGAGAAGGCAUCAGGAUCCCAUGAAAAAGAAAGGGUUCAGUUGCAAAUUCAGUGUAAAAACACAGAAGAACCUUAUGUUGUGCUGGAAAACAUAUAAUCACUUGAAAUGUGGAAUGAACUUGGAUUGCAGUAGUAAACUAGCAACACAUAACAGAAACCAAGCUGGGGAGCAGCCAUAUAAAUGCAUAGUGUGUGGAAAGAGUUUUCUUAGCAAAAGCCACCUAACUGUACAUCAUAGGGUUCACACAGGGGAGAAGCCAUAUAAAUGUUUGGUGUGUGAAAAGAGCUUCUCACGGAAUGGGACACUAACUGCACAUCAAAGGGUUCACACAGGGGAGAAGCCAUAUAAAUGUUUGGUGUGUGAAAAGAGCUUCUCACAGAAUAGCACACUAACUGCACAUCAAAAGGUUCACACAGGGGAGAAGCCAUAUAAAUGCCUGGAAUGUGGAAAGACGUUUGCUUGGGAUGAAGGCCUAAAUAAACAUGAAAGGCUUCACACAGGGAAGAAGCUAUAUCAAUGCAUGGAGUGUGGAAAGAGCUUCUCACAGAAUGGUAAACGAACCACACAUCAAAAGGCUCAUGCAGGAGAGAAGCCAUAUAAAUGCCUAGAGUGUGGAAAGAGUUUCUCUAGCAAAAGCCACCUAACAGUACAUCAUAGGGUUCACACAGGGGAGAAGCCAUAUAAAUGUUUGGUGUGCGGAAAGAGCUUCUCACAGAAUAGCUCCCUAAUUACACAUCAAAGGGUUCACACAGGGGAGAAGCCAUAUAAAUGCCUAGAGUGCGGAAGGAACUUCUCAACUAAUGACGCCCUAACUAAACAUCAAAGAGUUCACGCAGGGGGGAAGCCAUAUAAAUGCUUGAUGUGUGGAAAGAGCUUCUCAAGGAAGGACACCCUAGCUGGACAUCAGAAGAUUCACAGGGGAGAAUCCAUACUAACGGAGUAUAGAAAGAGUGGCAACCGAAGCUGUAGACUUCCCUUACACCCGAAUAAAUCUCUUUCAGUUGAGGCUGCAACAGUUUUCCUUGAGUUUAACUGGCCUCCCAAUUCACCCCUCUUCCUCCUUCCCUGUUUACUGGCACCUAAAGUUAUGUAAAGAUCUUAACAGCAUCUGGAAUGGGAUAUAAUGUUAAUGUUAUCAACUUAAAUUGGGUUUGUUGUUUAUGUUUUAUUUGUUGGCCGCUUUGAGCCUGGCUGUUGUGUCAGGGAGAGUGAGAUGUUAAGUUUAAUAAAAUAAAUAAGUCUUACUAGCUUAACUCAUUUCAUAGCAGCUGAGAAUAUGCUUUGCAAGAUCUGUACAUUUCACUGGAGGCUAUUAAAGUUUGAUGGAAGGCUA